AUGUCCGAAGAGACUGGGGGAUGGAGCACCAUUGAGUCAGAUGAGGGGGUGUUUACUGCGCUGGUAGAGAAUCUCGGGGUUCAGGACGUUCAGUUUGAAGAAUUGAUAUCUUUAGACGCUGACACAAUACGCUCGUUAAGCCCUGUAUAUGGCGUUAUAUUCCUGUUCAAAUGGGUUAGUGGGCAAUCGCGCAACGCGUCCAAUCCUCAAGAUGGGAAAUACGACCCGGAAGCCAUUGAGGAUGGCCUUUUCUUUGCUGCUCAGACGAUACAGAACGCCUGCGGCACACAAGCAGUUCUGUCCGUGAUACUCAACCAAGACAACCCAUCAACAUCUAUAAGUGGAAUCGACAUUGGCUCUGAGCUACGUUCUUUCAAAGAGUUUACUACCGGAUUCCCCCCUGACCUCAGAGGUGAGACUCUGAGUAAUUCAGCCCGGAUCCGUAGCGCCCAUAAUCUAUUCGCUCGCUCGUCGCCAUUUGUUGACGAAACCUCGCGCCCGCCCCCAUCAGAAGAAGACGCCGAACUAUACCAUUUUAUCGCUUACCUUCCCUUUGGCGGUAAGCUGUACGAGCUAGACGGACUACAGCCACAUCCAAUAACUCAUGGGCCCUGCAGCUCAGAAGAAUUCCCGGAGAAGGUUAUUGAUGUUCUUCAACGACGAAUCGGGCGGUACCCCGAAGGUGAGAUUCGAUUCAAUCUUAUGGCUGUUGUGAGAGACUUGAGGAUACAUGCACAAGAGAUCGGGGAUGAAGAGAUGCUGGAUAGAGAGAAGAGAAAGAGAGAAAAUUGGGCAUGGGAGAAUUCACUGAGAAAAUGUAAUUUCAUUGACUUUACGGGACAGCUUCUGAAAGGGGUCGUGGGCAUGAAGCUAAAGCAGGGCACGGAGGAAUAUGACAAGUGGAUAGAAGAUGCUAAGAAAGCAACGAACAAACGGACGGAGAUCAGACGGUCAAACCGGCUUGGAUAG